UUGUGAUACAAAGCUCAAACAUAAUAGUCCGUCAAAACUAGCUACAUCUGAACGAAGCUUUUUCGCCAUGGGUGUCUACGAAGAAGUCGAAAUCGAGGAAAUGGUCUACGACCCUGUCCUUGAGAUCUACCACUAUCCGUGCCCAUGCGGCGACCGCUUUGAGAUCAGCGUCGCGGACAUGAGAGACGGCGAAGAUAUCGCGAGGUGCCCAAGUUGCAGCCUGGAGAUUCUGGUCAUCUUCGAGGCCAAAGAUCUGCCGCCAGAGAAGAAGCCAGACGAGCCCGCGAAGGCCGUGACCGUGGCUGCGUGAAUCACCACUGCAACUACGCGAUCUGAGCGUAUGCGAAGACAGAAUGUGCAAACGCCGCCGCCGUGCCCGUGGUUGUGACAAGCCAUACCGCAGCAAAUAAACAAAUUGACUGCUGAGAGAUCUGUGGACGAGCUCUUCAGAAUUUGUGCAAGCUCCUUGGGGAAUAGCGCAUCAUGUGGAAAACCAGGAAAGAGCGCGUGGCUGGAGAAUGAGCCCAUAAAAUGAAGCGAAAGAGAAGGAGGGCGGGAAGUUUUGAGUUUUGUCACGCGAGACCAAGUAGCGACGACUUUCACGAGUACAUAGCACGCAGAAAGAAUGAAGAGGAACCACGAACAAAAAGGGGCGUUUGUAUGUUACCACAGAGAACAUGCAUGAGAUUCUUUUAUGCUCUCGUCAGUGGAAAAGAAGAGUCAUAGGCUUUCGACGUAUCGGCCCAGCAAAACGAAAAGAAGCAUCGUCUAUCACGGUCUUUGCUCUUCGCUCCAAGAGAAAUGUCCCAUCC